AAUCUUAUAACACAAUGUUAAUUUUUUAUCGGAAAUAGAAACGUUAUUCGAGCAUUUCCUAAAAAUAAUAAUAUAUAAAUAAAAAUACUAGUUUUCAAACACUGUAUGAAUGGCCGUGCUGUGAGCCAAUGGAGAAGCGCGGAAAUGGGUUGGGUAGGUCAUGUGGGGGCCCUGCACUUCCACUCUCUUCUUCAACCUCCGAAAAUCACUUCACUUUCCACCUCCAAGAAGCUCCAGUUGCUUCAGCCUUCACUCUCUCGCCGCUCCACGAUUUGCCCAUUGUCAUCUCGGAGGUUCAGUAUACAAGCUACUGCAAAAAAAGGAUUAAGCACUUCAGCACUUCCAAUUGUAGCAAGAAAGGAAAAUAAUGGAAAUCUUGUAACUGAGAGGUAUGCAGUAGUGACAGGAGCAAACAAGGGGAUUGGUCUUGAAACAGCAAAGCAACUUGCUUCUCAAGGCAUAAGAGUAAUUUUGACAGCCAGAAAUGAGCAAAGAGGACUAGAGGUCGUUUCAAAGCUCCAUGAAUUGGGUUUGCCAAAUGUAGUCUUUCACCAACUUGAUGUCUUGGACCCUGUCAGUAUCGACUCUUUGGCCAAGUUCAUAGCAGACAAGUUUGGCAGGCUUGAUAUCUUGGUAAAUAAUGCUGGGGCCUCUGGAGUAGUGGUUGAUGAGGAAGGAUUAAGGGCUUUGAACAUAGAUCCGUCCUCUUGGCUCUCAGGCAAGGCGACGAACUUGGUUCAGAGUGUGAUAAAGACAAACAAUGAGAAGGCAGAAGAAUGUCUCAACACAAAUUACUAUGGUCUUAAAGGAGUAACAGAAUCUCUUCUUCCACUGCUACAGAAAUCCUUGGGAGGAGCAAGGAUUGUGAAUGUCUCCUCUCUCAGAAGCGAAUUGAAGAGAAUUCCAGGUGAGCACAUACGAAAAGAACUGGGAGAUGUUGCAAAUCUGAGUGAGAAAAAGAUAGAUGCAUUGUUGAAAAGAUUUCUACAUGAUUUGAAGGAAGAUAGAUUAGAAGAAAAUGGAUGGACAAUGAUGCUUCCAUCUUACAGCAUCUCCAAGGCCUCAGUGAAUGCUUACACAAGAAUUCUUGCAAGAAAGCAUCCAAAAAUGUAUAUCAAUUGUGUUCAUCCAGGCUAUGUUGAUACUGAUAUCAACUGGCACACAGGAACAAUGACGGUUGAAGAAGGGGCUAGAGGUUCUCUCAAGUUGGCUCUUUUGCCUGAUGGAGGCCCCACUGGCUGCUACUUUGAUCAAACUGAAUUGGCAGAGUUCUAAGUCAUUGCUGCUAUGGUUUGUGUUAUGAUCCCACUGUUUCAUUUGGAACAAGGCUUCACUUUUCUCAUCUUCUUCUUCAAUUUUGUGUUUGUUUUAUCAAGUUGGCUCUUUUGUCAGAUGGAGAGAUUCCAUGGGAUGCUACUUUAGCCAAAUUGAAUUGACAGUGUUUUAAGUCAUUGCAGUUAUGAUUUAUGUUGUGACUCUGUUAUUUCAUUUGGAACAAAGUUUCAACUUUUGACUUGAUUAGCGACUAAGUUCCCAUAGGAUGGAAAUUGAAUGGGAAAAGUUUCAGCCCAAUUCAACUUCUUUAGUUUGUGUUUGUUCCA